UUUCAUAAAAUUGGCGCCAAUUUCAUUCACCCGGCAACAAAUACUAAAGCAAAAACUCAAGCAUGCUCCUUUGCUCUGAGAAAUUUGAUGGAGCUUUCCAAAUCACACCUCCGAAGCUCUGAUUUGUCUAUCUCCAAUUCUUCGGAUUCUCAGAUUUUGGGCUCUUCUUCAUUUUCGCUUUCCCUUCUCUCUGAGCCUCCUGAGCUAGAACACUGGUUCCCAAGCUAUAAGUAUGAAUCACCCUUACUAGACACCAAUUGUGAAUUUGGGGAUUCUAUUUCUGGAAAAAGUGAAAUUGAGUACAAGAAAUUUAGCCAAGAACAGGAAGAAAAUUUGGAUGGGUUUGAAGGAUUUGAAAAUAAAGAUGAAACCCUCGUUGGGCAGAAGCUGAAGUCAAAUGGGUCUUCAGAAUAUAGCUGCUAUUUGGGGAGUGAUAAAGAUGAAGAUCAGUGUUUGAGUGAGAAUGCUGAUUCUGCAUACUCGGCUUCACUUCUUUCUGAGCCAAUUGACGUGAGAAACUGGCUCUCAAGCUAUGUGUAUGAAUCUCCAAUUUUGGAUACUGCUGAUGGUUUCAAAGAUUCUCUUGCUAAGGAGACUGAAUGUGAAAACAAUGAGUUUAUGGCUGAAGAGAGUAAAAGAAAUAACUAUAGAGAGUUCAGGAGAAAUAAAAGUAGUGAUGAUGCUGAAAUUUCAAAUGGGCUUGGCGACUAUGACAACAAAACAUGUGAAUAUUACAAACAUGGAAAACAGUCUUCUGACAAGAAUGAUUCAAGGAGUGGAGACAGUCAAACCUUGGCAAGUGACAGAGGUGUGUGCUUUGACACUGUCCUUACAAAAUGCUUAAAAGGCAAAGCACUACAAAACCAGGAAAUUAGUCCAGCUAAAGAUGUUGAGUUACCAAAUUUGGAUCAAGAAGAUCACAAAGGCAAACAAAACUUAUCUAAAGUUAUUAGUAUUGCGGCUACAAGAGUUGGAGAAUCUUCUGAAGAGUUGGCACGUACAAUGGAGAAUGUUAAGGAUUCAAAAACAAAUGGUCACUUGGAAGUAGAAGCUAGCUUUCUAUCACCUAAGAGUGGUAAUCUGAAGACAGAUGAGCUUAUGGUUUUUGCAGCAUCAAUUGAAAAAUCAACUCAUGGAUGUGAAAACGACGGAGAAGAAACUUCAAAAGAUGGUUUUGUAACAACAAGAAAAGGUAGAUUUAACAAAGAAAAUGAAGAAAAUCUAUUUGAAUUGCCAAAGAAGAAGAAAAGAGGGACAGAUUCAUUAGCUGGUGGAAGAAGUUCUGUUGUAGAAGUACAAAGAAAGGCUUUAGUUGAAAGAACAAACUUUAGUCUCUCUGGGGUACCUGAGGCUACUGGAAAAUGGCAAUGCCCCCAGAAAAGAAAGCCAAAUCAUGGGCCACCAUUGAAACAGCUUCGCCUUGAGAGAUGGGUCCAUAGGCUGUGAGAGUUCCCAACUUUGACUACUGUAAGGUCUGGUCUUGCAUUAGGACACUCUUAGGCUGAUGAUCAUGUCAUAACGUAACCCCAGUUGGUCCUUGUGUUAGGUUAGGUGUACCAAAAGGCCAAAUUAAACUACAAAUAACACUUAUUUUCUAAGUUUCAUUUGUAAAAUCGAAUGUAUUGUAUUAGGAGCAUUGCUAAUGAUGUCUAAAUACUACUAUGAGGUGACACUUGUUAGUAAAAUUUCAUAAAGUUUAUUAUAUAUUUUAAUUACUUAUAACAA